CGCGCGGCCCGACCGAACGUCUUCCUGGGCAGCACUCAGACGCACGAUAAUAAAUCACAAUUGACUAACUUUUGUGACUUACUUCUGACUAAACAUUGCAUUAAAAUACACGGUGUUAACAACAUCUCAGUUCAUACAGACAGUGAUCUUAAAUUUGUGACGUUGGACUUAAGUGAUAUUUUUGUGUAAGAUCGUAAAAGUUAACAAAAACAGGAGUUUCAAACUUUCCAACGAAAUAAGCAAUGUGACUGCGACGCCGGCGGCGGAGUAAGAGAGUUGUGAUGUGGCAUCUAGCCGCCCUAUUAUCGUUGGCGGCGGCGGUUGUGGCAACGCCAUGUGAAGUGGCUCGCAUGCGCUGCGCCUACCGUACGGGUUGCGGAGCCGCUCUCAGCAACUACAUGUACCUGUGCAACGAAGUCCUGUCUGAACCUACUACGGUGUGUCCCAAGGCGUGUGGGCAUGCUCUAAUUGCACUUAUGUCUACCGAGGAAGGGAAGGCACUUAUGAACUGUAAAUGUGAAGAUGAAUAUUGUCUGGAGACAAUUCGGCGGAUGGAAGUGUGUCGACCUCAAGUGAUGAAGGGAGCCGCCAAUGCGACUUCCUCCUGUCGUUUGUCGCAGCUAAUUUGCUUGGCAGACGCACAGUGCUCUACCGCUUUGGGAUACUACAACGACCUCUGCCGAUCUAUGUAUCGACGAGGUAGAAAGUGUUCCAAUAAGUGCAUGAACUCUAUUGAUAUUUUGAGAAAACAGGAGAAAGCUGCCGCAUUAGUCGCAUGUAGAUGUGAUGGCAACGAAGACUACGAUUGUCCACGGAUGCAAAGAAAUCUCCAAAGGCUUUGUUUUCAUAAGAAAAAGUCUCAUGGAAAGGGAGAAAAGGAAGAGAGAGAAAGGGAUAAAGAGAAGAAUGGAGAAAGGCUGCAUAAGAAGGUACAUAAAGAUGUAGAAACAGGAACAGCUUGUGUAGUUUCCGUAUCGUGGGUGUCAGUUUUAAUUACUAUAUUUAGUGCGUCGCUCAAUACGUGACUGGGGACUAGGUCUACCUCACUUUUUAGGCUAUUAUAGAAUAAGCAGCAAAGUACAAUACUUUGUGUAAAUAUGUACAAUAGAAACAGAUCAUCAGUGAGGGAAUGCAAGGGCUUGUGUGAAUUUUAAGGCUUAAACGAAAAAUUAUUGGGAUAAUGUAUGUUAUGUUUGAAAAUUCAUAUCGUUAGUCGUUAUUUUGCAAUGUAUGUAUAUGAGUGGUACAUUUAAUGUAGGGUGAACGUACUGCGGUUAAUGUGUAAAUAAUUUUUUUUUUCAAUAUCUUUAGCCUUUAAGUGGUUUUAGAGAAGGAGCGUGAUGUUUCUGUUUCAUUCUUCCCCUUACGUACGAGCACAUAACAUACUUAAUUCAUUAAGUUGAAAUUAUUAUAGAUCGUUCAUCCAGUGUAUUCAAGUAAAUUUUAUAAAAUCGAAAUAGAAAUGUAUGCAAGCGUAUAUAUCGUGAUGCAGCGAAUACUAUACGCCCACGGGGUGUGCACGCGGCGAUGCGGCGGCGGGUGGUGCAGUGCCGUUGCGCGGGCGUCGGUGCCCGCUAUAAAUAAGCCGGCGCCGGUGGUCCGGUGACAAAUGCUCCGGCGCCACGCCGAUUGAUCAAACGACGUACUAUCAUCACCACAAUGCGGUGACAAAUUUGUAACACGCAUCACUAAUUUGUUUUUGAAUCUAUGGGCAGUAUGUCUGUAAUAAUUAUAUUGCUACAAAAUCACCGGAGAUUUAGGUAUCCCAAAUUGCUUACUAUUUAUAUACCUUCAUAGGACACGAAAGAUUUGCUCCACAAUAGUCAUGAUCAACCCAUUUACGUGUCCCACUGCUGGGUGCGGGUCUCCUCUCAGGCGAGGGAUUAGGCUAUGGUCCGCCACGCAGACCCAAUGCGGGUUAGGGACUUCACACGUUUUCUGAGGGUUGUGAACAGCGUUGCCAAUUUGUGGGGAAUUCCCCAAAUUGCGGGGAAUUUCAACGAAUUUCAACUAGAUAGGGGAUUUUGUGGGGAUUCGCGCUAUGUGGGGAAAAUGUGGGGAUUCUAACAUUUUAUCAUUUUGUUUAAUCUAUCGAUUGCAUAAUGUAUCGCUAGUUCGAUCGUUAUUGUAGAAACACUGUAUUGUAGAACUAUAAUGAUGUGUUUUUCAACAUCGCAUAUCCCUCGCAUUAUUUUAACAAGCAGCUUAAAUAGAGUCGGUGUGUAUUGAUUCGCGAUCCUUUAUCCCGCUUUAGGCCGGUUAGGAAGAAAAACGAAAUAAGCUAUUGAUAAACAAAGCCGAGCAGUUGGUACUUCCACACCACAACUUACCAGUCGUCAAUAUAGGUCGAAACUUAAUUUACUCAUUGAUUAUUUCUAACAUUAAGAUAGUGUCGUCAAAUGCGCACCAAAUGACUAAGUUACUUAAUUUUGUAAGGCAAACAAAGACCGAUUUUUUUCAAAGACCGAUUAAUGUUGCAUCUCGUUAAAAUAAAUAAACGAUUAAAGAUCAUCGAAUUUUAUAAUGUGCUUUACAUUUUGCAUUCUGUUUACAUUUACAACAAACGUAAUAGAUGGUUACAUUUUGAGUUUCCUAAUUCUUAUUAUAUUUUAAAG